AUGGCACUUAACAAGAACACCACCAGCACUUACACUUAUGCACUAAUCCUCCAAGCACUCCUGUUCUCUCAGCUUUUGCAGGCUUCUGAGGGCAGACCUUUUCCCGACGACGGCAGCUUCAUCUCUGUCGUGCCGAUCAGGAGAUACCUGUUAUCGCAUGGCAAUGGAGCUGUGCCCAACGGAAUAAUGGUCGAGGGCGCCGUGUCCCCCUCGUCGGAGAUCCACGGCGACAAUGGCCCCAUGGUCGGCGUCGACGGCGUCCGGCCGACGAACCCGGGGCACAGCCCGGGUGUCGGUCACGCCGCCGUCACCAAGAACGGCGCCGCCGACGUCGACGACGUCCGGCCGACGAACCCAGGGCACAGCCCAGGUGUCGGUCACGCCGUCGUCGCCAAGAACGACGCCGGCGACGUCGCCGACGACGUCCGGCCGACGAACCCGGGGCACAGCCCAGGUAUCGGCCAUGCCGUCGUCAACAAGAAUGGCCCAGCUGGGAAGAAGCUCUGA